UGUUAAAGCUCCUUAAUUAACAACAAAAGAUAAACGGGUGUCAAUAUCCAGUGAACUAGUUUUAUCACAAAACGUUUGGAAAUCAACGGUUGGGUAUAAAUGCUUCCUGAUAUCAGCUCACCAUUCACAUAAAGACAAUGAGGGUGGAAGUGUUGGGAACUUUUGUUCUUUUUUCAACAAUCAUCUAUGCUGCACCGUCGGAUGUGUUUGGACAGCAGGAUGCUCAAAAGAAGUUGAAAACCGCUGAUAAGCAGCUUGUACAAAGACAACUAGACAUCUUGAAGUUAUACAAGCUGGUUAAUCAAGAUAGUAACUGCACCACAGCUGCAGGAAUUUCUAAAAAUUAUGUCCUGGAAAACAGAAAUGAGGAGUAUACGAAUACACAAGCAUAUGAGGAAUUUUUGCAUACAUACCAGAAAGGGAUGCUCCCACGUGGCCACAUAUUCUCCAUUCUUCGAUGGGCUCAUUUAAAACAAGCCAUAGCCCUUUUCAAAAUACUGUACUUUGCCAGGGAUUAUGAUACUUUCUACAAAACAGCUGUAUGGGCGAAGGAUAACAUCAAUGAAGGGAUUUUUGUUUACGCUUUAAGCGUAGCUCUAGCUCACAGGACAGAUACUUACGGCAUUAUCAUUCCACCAAUCUACGAAAUCUUCCCUUACUCUUUCUUCGACUCCGCCGCUGUUGAAAAGGCACAGCAAUUCAAACAAACUUGGGACGACGGUCAAGCUGAUAAAAUUCAUGUGAUUGAUGCAAAUUAUUCCGGAUACUACCUCAACCUACACCCUGAACAAGUUAUGUCUCACUACACUGAAGAUGUUGGCCUCAAUGCUUUCUACUGGUAUACCAAUGUAUUCUACCCUUUCUGGAUGGGAGGGCCUGAAUUCAAAUUCAGAAACGACCGCAGAGGAGAGCAACACUACUACCUCUUGCAGCAACUGUUAGCAAGAUACUAUCUGGAGCGUCUCUCCUUUGAUAUGGGCGAAAUUCCUUUCAUCGAUUGGGACAAACCUCUGGAAACGGGAUACUUCCCAUCUCUUGUCUACCCUAAUGGAAUUCCCUUCCCAAGCAGACCGAACUUUGCUCCUCUCUCCACGAUUAAACGCAACUGGGGUCAAUCUUGGAUGUGGAAGUCAAAAAUGGGAUACAGUCAAAUGUUGGUGAAAGACUAUGAGCGCAGAAUAUCUGACGCGGUCGAUUCAGGAUUUGUACUAAAUAAAAAUGGCAAUAUGGUAGAUCUGUACACACCAGAAGGUUUUGAUAUGCUUGGCAACUUGGUGGAGUGUAAUCCGGACUCUCCAAACCCACGUUUCAUCGGACCAAUAGAAAUAUUCGCGAAGUUACUUGUAGGAUAUGCCACAGUACCUCUGGACAAAUACCACGUUGCCCCAUCUGCACUCGAGCAUUACGAGACGGCUAGCAGGGAUCCCGCAUUCUACAUGAUUCUUAAGAGGAUAACACUGAUUUUCCAAAGAUAUAAAAGUCACUUACCACCCUACACCCAGAAGGAGCUCAGUUUCCCUGGAGUCAAGAUAGAGGACAUACAAAUCGAUAAACUCGUUACAUACUUCGAUAAGUUUGAAUCUGACGUUACCAACUUGGUGAGACUCACUCCAGAUGAGAUCAAAAAGGACAAUGUUGUCAUCAAAGUUAGACAAGACAGGCUUAACCACAAGCCAUUCUCUUACAAAAUCCAAGUUAGUUCGAAAGCCGACCAAGACGCCAGUGUUAGGGUUUUACUUGGUCCGAAACAUGACGAAUACUUCAGAGAGUUAAACAUACAAGAGAAUAGAAUGAAUUUUAUAGAGCUGGACAACUUUAAGGUCACACUGAAGACUGGUUCAAAUGUUAUAGAAAGAAAAGACAGUGAUUCGUAUUGGUUUACUCCAGACAAGACCUCUCUGAGGGACAUAAUGAGGAAGCUGACAGACUCACUGCAAGGCGCAGCAGCCGAUAUCGAUGCUUCCGAAGCCUUCUAUGGCUUUCCCAACAGGCUGAAGUUGCCAAUUGGCAGGCCAGAAGGUUUCGAAUUCCAACUGCUGGUGUGUUUGAACCCUUACAAGUCACCAACUAUCCAAACCAGUCAACAGCCUCCAACCUACUACUUCGGAAGGGUCGGCACUGGUUUCAACUACGUGGACAAUUAUGCGUUUGGAUUCCCGUUGGAUAGGAUCAUGGAGGAUGAUAGCCUGAACGUACCAAACUGUAUGUUCAAAGAUGUUACAAUCUACCAUACAGAGGACAUAAACUCUUCUGCCAGUGGAGAUAACAAAGUUUGAAAUACUUUAUUAGUACCUUUGUAAUUCUGUGUACAAUUAUUUUUAUAUGAAAUAGCUUUAAGUACAGACUUUUGUUUGUUUUUCUUACUUCCCACCGUACGUACAUAAGACGUGCAUUUUUAGGAAGAUAUUACGUCGUUACGUCCAGAGACAUCUUAUGUAUGUACUUUUAUGUCUCACAAAUAUAAUUAAUGCAUUAUUUCCUUUAGUGACCACAUGGGCGUAUAUGCCAUGUAUAUUAAAUCUAAAAGAAAAUUAUAUUUUAUCCUAUUAAUGUUUUAAAAAAGGCC